AUGUGGCACAGCGCCAGUACCCAAAUAUGGCAGAACCGUUGGGACGGAGGCGAAGGGUUCAAGGACAAAUACCUGCGACGGAACUAUCCCGUAUACCUAUGGGAUGGACCAAGAGUAGGCCGAGCAAACUGGGCUUGUGAGCCCAUGACCUAUGUUCCUGAAUACCGUGAUCAGGGUAAUUGGGUGGCGUGGAAGUUCGGACCUAAAUUUGGAGUGUGGUACCCGGGGGUCCAGUUCCCGACCUGGAGCCAAGAGGCGUGGCAGCAGGCCACUUCCGCCCGCUACGUGGAAAUCGACACUGUAGAGAAUGUCGAGUUGCAAAGCGAAGUUGCAGCAAUUGCUGCCGAUUCGGGCAAGGUUGGGAACAGUAUUGUGUACCUCACAAACUCGGCUGGUGGAUUAAGAGCAAUGAUGAUGGCUACUAAGGCCAAUGGAACUAAUAUCAAGGGCAUAGUGAUGUAUGAAAGCAUCGGAUACGUGUAUCCCGAUAACGCCAACAUCACGGCAGGGUCAGGGCCUGGACCGGCUUUCGGCCCAUUUGUGGUCCCUCUUGAGCGUUUCAAGAAAUUGGCCAAGAUACCAGCGAUACAGUUCGUCUGGGGCGACAACAGACCGGAAACAGAUCCCUGGGUUCAGCAAUCGAGACUAACUGCGAAGCUGAUCAAUCUAUAUGGAGGCAAUGCUCAGGUACUGAAUCUCGCCAACGACGCCGGGCUGAAAGGAAGCACCCAUAGCGCGUUCGCAGAUCUGGAUAAUGAGAAGGUUGCUGGGGUUCUGGACAGAUUUCUAAGGAAAAACAAUCUCAAUGGCUAUCUCUACUCGUCCGGCAAUGACUGGGAUGAUGAUGACGACGAUGACGACGAGUAG